AACAAAUAUUUGGUUAGGAUGGGAACGCAAGAUCCUGUCCGCUGUCAGAAUCCCUCCCUCUUCCCCUUCCCCACCACUUCGCCGAUUACCAAGCACUCAAGCACCCUCCCCCCUUCUCUCUCUCUCCCACUCCUCUCAAAAGAAGCAAUCACUGCAAACAGAAACAAAAUUUCUUUCUUUUUAACACUUUUUUAUUCUGUAAUCAUAAGCUUUUACUUCGGUGGCUAUAGUUGGAUGGAGCCGUUUUUGAGUUCGAAGUGAAACCCAGAAGCUUCUUCUACUCUUUCCCUGCGAUCUCUGCAGUUUCUUCCAAGAUAUUUACUGAUGCUUUGUGAGAAAUAGCUUAUUAGCUUGAACAUGGUAAAGAUAUCAUCUGACUGUCCAUACCCAGGUUGCUUCUUCUGUGUCAUGAAGGAAGGAAAUCCAAAUAAACGCCGAACAAGCAUACUGAAAUUCUUCAGAGAGCUACCUUCUCAGGAUGAUGAUGGUCAGGUGCUUCCAAUUAGUGGCCUCUGGAAUACUGCAAUGGCACAUCCAAAUGACCCUGAGUUCAUUGACUUGGGAAUAUUUGAAUGCAUGGCUGCACUUAUAUGGAAGGGUUUAAAGAAACGACACUGGCUGUCUCAUGAUCAAAAUAUAUACAUCCCUUACUAUGCCGCACACAUCAUUGGAUCUUACACCAUGAAUAUGGAGGAGUUUGCACAACGUUCCGUACAUGCUGGAGUAAUUCCUCCCUUGGUUGAACUUUUGAGAGGGAGGUUAACCUGGGUGGAACAAAGAGUUGCAGUACGAGCCAUAGGACACCUGGCUACAUAUCCCAGCACUUUUCCUACAGUGGCAAAUCAUGGGGAAAUCCUUGAACUUGCCAUUCAGCUGGCAAUGAGCUCGCUAGAAAUUGUUUAUUCUCAUUUCUACCAAUAUGUGGACAGAAGACUGAGUUAUCAUUGCGAUCUACUUACGCGUGGCAUGGGUGGUGUGGAAAUGGAAUCAAGGAAGGCAGAGGAAUGGGCCAGUCAGUUACAGUGCUGGUCUCUUCAGCUUAUAAAUUGCUUUGCUUUCAAACCAGAAUUUCUCUCUGUUAUAUGCAAGCCUGAAUUUUUGACCAAACUCCCUGGGAUGUGGGGUGGACUAGUCAAUGAAAAUUCACCUGCCGGUAUUGGUUUAUUGCGAACAAUUUGUCACCAUAAGCUUGGCAGGGGACCUGUUUCGAACUGUCCAGGUAUUAUUGAAGCAUUGUGUAAUAUUGCCCGCUCUUCUGAUGACUGGCAGAAUAUGGCUAUUGACUGUCUUCUUUGGUUGAUUCAGGAUCAAAGUACUUGCCAUAAAGUCAUUGAUAAGGCCGUACCUGCACUAGUAGACCUGGCAGAACUGUCAACACUGGGGGACCACAAAAAGCUUGGGGAUUCAAUUGUUAGUGCUCUCCAAGAUUGUCUCCAAGCACAAGGAACAGGACGGCACUCCAUUAGUAGCCACUCAAAAGAACAGAUUGAAGAAUUGCUGAAUUCUAGACAGAGAUUGAAAUGGGAGAAGAGCAUACCAAAGGAGGAUCUCCGUAUCAAACAGGCAGCAGCACUAGUUGUCAAGCUCGAAGGCAAUUCACUUUUCUCUUCGGGAAACAUAUCUGGAGCUGCAACAAAGUACUCUGAGGCAUUGGCAUUGUGUCCAAUGAGAUCCAAAAAAGAGAGGGUAGUAUUGUACAGUAAUCGAGCUCAGUGUCGUCUUCUGUUGCAACAACCCUGGGAAGCCAUAAGUGAUGCUACACAUGCACUUUGCCUCCAUAACCCUCCUAAUCGCCAUGCCAAGAGUCUGUGGAGAAGAGCUCAGGCAUAUGAUAUGCUUGGUUUAGCAAAAGAAAGCCUUUUAGAUGCCAUUCUCUUCAUAAAUGAAUGUUCCCAAUCAAAUGAUCCUGACCUUUCCAUGAGGCAAAAUAAGGUUCCUGACUAUGCAGAGCGGUUAGUUAAGAAGCAAAUGCGAGCAGCAUGGUUAUUUAGAGAUGCAGCUAUCAAGCAUGGGGGAGUCCAUUGUGAAGGUGAUGCAGGUGGCAUCUAUGGCCAGGAUGCUGAUGAUUCUGAGUGGGAAACAGCAAGUGAAAGUGACAUAGGAAAUGAUGGAAGGGCAGCAAUGGGUGAUGACGACAGUGAAUGGAAAGAUGAUGAUGAAAGAAAAGAUAGAUAUGACAAGCCUUUGCUAAAAGGUACAGUUAUUGAAAACUUCCUUCAUUCUUUCAUAAAUCAGUUGAGAUGGCAAAUGCCAUCUAAGAAAGAAAUGUCAAGAUGCAUUGUGUACAUGCUUAUAUAAUAGAAGAAACCCAACUGAAAAAGAAACCUAUUCUAUGCUGGAAACUCAAAACAGUUAGGAAACUAAAUCAUACGUAGCUAUCUCCUAUUCUACCCAAUAAAAUAAAAGAUUGCACAUAAUUACCCAAAAUAGAAAUGAAUCCUAGAUAUCCUACUAGAUGCAAAUCAGAUUUGGACCCCGUUCUCGGUCUGGGUUCUCAAACGGAUUUGACCCGGUCUAUGGAAGCAUUACUGCAUCAAUGCAGGAGACUUCUCAUGAUGGUA